GCCACGCGCCCCUCCGCCCCUUUUCUUCUUCUUCUUCUUCUCGACUCUCCGCCAUUGCGCUAACCAAGGACAGAGAAGCCAGGCGGCAGCAACCCCUUUCCUCCAAUCUCCGUCCAUUCGAGGUACGUACUAGACGUCUGCGGGGCCGGGCAAGGCAUGGUCGCCAUGCUGCCCGCCGCGAGGGGGGACGCCGCCCCAGCCGCCAGCGCCGGCGCCGCCGACAAGCUCGUCCACGGGCCUGUCACCGACGGCAAGUGCAAGAAGAAGGCCCCGAGGAUGAUCCACAAGGCCGAGAGGGAGAAGCACAAGCGCGACCUGCUCAACGAUCUCUUCAGCGAGCUUGACGAAAUGCUAGAAGCAGACAGGCAGACCAAUGGGAAGGCAUGUAUAUUGACUGACACCACUCGAAUCCUUCGAGACCUGCUUUCGCAAUUAGAAUCUCUCCGAAAGGAGAAUAGCACCCUGCAGAAUGAAUCCCAUUAUGUUACGAUGGAGAGGAAUGAGCUGCAGGAUGAGAACGGUGUGCUCCGCAAUGAAAUUCUGGAGCUACAAAAUGAGCUGGCGACGCUUCCCGCAGGCAACCCAGGUUGGGGCCAUGCUACUGCUGGAUCGCCUCACCCUGCGGGCACAGUUUUCCCGUCACAGCAACCAAUGCAGCCGACCACCAUCGCAAGCGCAGUAUUCCCCUUGCAGCAGCCUCUGCAACAGACAACAAUCCUGGAGCACCCUUAUGCACCACCACCACCACCACGGGAACUUAAGCUCUUCCCAGAUGCUGCGUCUGAUAUCGAAGGCCUUGAACCAUCAGAAGAUCAGGAGGCCGCCAACCAUAUUGCGCGACCGCUGGCGAGGUACCCAACACAGUCAGCGUUGUGGCCUGUAAGCCUGGGUCUCCCGAGGAUGGAAGACGAACAGUGUAGCAGUGGCACAACCGGCAGUAGCAAGGAAGGUAGUAGCUCUGCCUCUAGUAGAGAUUGAGUAGAUCAGCUCCAACCAGUCAGGAAGUUUCUCUUUGAGCGUAGCGAAUAUACACAGAUGAGCAUGUGGCAUGUAAAUACCAGACUCCAUCUUGGAUCUGGGAAUGUUAUGUUAGAUGAGAAGAUGACACUCCAAUGGGAAUCAGAAUAGCAGCAUUUCUCAUCCUUUGUGUUGCACCGUAUCAUAUAUAUGAACUGAUCUAGAUUUGAUAUUUGCAAAGAAAAACUACAGCAAUAAGCAAUGGAUUAUAUUUA